AUGCCGAACCCUCCCAAGAGACCCAACCAAGGUGGAAGGCGCAACAAGAAGCCUAGGACGGAGAAGAACACCAAGAGCAAUGGCCAUGACGAGGUGCUCCAGACCGACAUUGACCAGCUCUUGCGCAAGAACAAGCCGGAGACCGAAGUCGCUGCCGACUCUGCAGCAGAUACCCCUCAACCUACGCUCCCAGAACCCUUCACCGAGAUCGAAGUGACUGUCGCGGAGCUGUCAUCUACAGGUGACGGUCUUGCGCUGUCGGAGAAUGCCGACCAUGUCUACGUCGUGCCUUUCUCCGUGCCGGGCGACAAGGUGCUGGUGAAAGUCGUGCGACACUUCCAGUCCCUGUCCUACAGCCUGACGGACUUCCUCAAGGUCAUUGAAGCAGGCCCCACGCGCGACGAUUCCCUCAUUGGAUGCCAAUACUUUGGCAAGUGCUCCGGCUGUCAGCUCCAGAUGAUGUCGUACGAGGACCAGCUGGCCCACAAGAGGCGCAUCGUGGAAAAGGCGUACGCCAACUUCUCCGGCCUCAUCCCGGAAUUGAUCCCCGCCAUUGGCGAGACUUUCCCAUCUCCUCUGCGGUAUGGUUAUCGCACGAAGCUCACGCCGCAUUUCGCAGCUCCUCCCGGAAGCUCCAGGAAACAGAAAGAACCCGCCCAAACUCAUACCGAAGUGCCGCCUAUCGGCUUCACCUACAAGAACCGGCGCAUGGAUAUGGAUAUCGAGGACUGCCCGCUGGGCACCGACAUCGUUCGCAAGGGUCUCAAGAGCGAGAGGAAGAGGGUCGCGGAUAACCUAGGACGCUACACUAAAGGCGCGACGCUUUUGAUGCGGGAGUCCACCACGCGCAUCCCCAAGGACCAAGCCAACAAUACCACCGCCGAACCCAGUACCGAAGAACAGCAAAACGGCAAAGACUCAGGGGACGUGAUCCGCGUCGAGCACGACAACUACGUCGAGGAGAAACGCUGCGUGACAGACAACAAUGCGACCUCGAUCGAAUACGUCGACGACUACAUGUUCACCAACAAAGCCGGCGCCUUCUUCCAGAACAACAACUCCAUCCUCUCCGGCUUCACGGACUACAUCCGCCAACAAGCCCUGCCCCCUCACACCCAAGACGCCUCCAAACCCCUCAAAUACCUUCUUGACGCCUACUCCGGCUCCGGCCUCUUCACCAUCACCCUCUCCACCAUCUUCAAAUCCAGCCUGGGCGUCGACGUCGCCGGCGACUCCAUCACCUCCGCCCGCGAGAACGCCCGCGCCAACAACCUCCCCAACACCGGCUUCGCCGCCGCAGACGCCGCCACCCUCUUCAAAGACGUCCCCUACCCGCCCGACCAGACCCUCCUCGUCAUCGACCCCCCGCGCAAGGGCUGCAGCGAAGACUUCCUCCGCCAGUUCCUUGCGUUCGGCCCCCGCCGCGUCGUCUACGUUAGCUGUAACGUGCAUACGCAGGCCCGCGACGUCGCGGUCAUGGUGCAGGGCGAUGAGCAGAAGAAGGUCCGCUAUGAGAUUGAGAGCAUCAGAGGGUUUGAUUUCUUCCCUCAGACGGGACAUGUGGAGGGCGUGGCUAUCUUGAACAAAGUGAAUAUGUAA